GUCUGAGGUGGGCGUUUUGUACAAGUUUAGUGUUCAGUUAAACUGACAUUACAGCAGUGAAAGUGAAAAUGUCAGGAGGUUUUGUACCAGGAACGGCAGCACAAUGCACAGCGGAAGUUGAGCUCUCUAUAUCUUGCAGGAAUCUAAUAGGUAAAGACAUAUUGAGCAAAUCGGACCCCAUGUGUGUAACAUAUAUGAAACCAUUUGGUGAGUCUCGUUGGGUUGAAUACCAUCGAACAGAGCAUAUCAAAAACACACAUGAUCCAGAUUUUACAAAGAAAGUUCACGUUAUGUACCGAUUUGAAGAACAGCAGCCAAUAAAGUUUGACAUCUAUGAUAUCGAUUCCUCAAGUACAAAUCUUACUGAUCAUGAUUUUCUUGGAUCAGCAUACUGCACCUUGGGACAGAUUGUGUCAAGUGGAAAGGUUCAGCUUCCUCUACAAUCAAAUGCAAGUCAACCUGUGGGGGAUCAUCAGAGCUUUAUGGUUAUUACUUCUGAGGAGCUCUCAUCCUGUAAAGAUGAAGUUAUUCUAGAGUUCAGUGGACACAACUUGGAGAAGAAAACAUUUCUGUUCUUCUUUGGACAUUUAAAUCCAUACCUUGUAUUCUAUAAAUCAACUGAAUCUGGAGAUUUCUCUGCAGUUUUCAAAACAGAGGUAGUGCAUCACACCAAUAAACCACAUUGGCGUCGCUUUUCAAUUCCUGUAAGACAGCUUUGUAAUGGAGAUUAUGACCGCAACAUAAAAGUCGCAUGUUAUCAUUCAAGUUCAUAUGGAGGUGAUGACUCACUUGUUGGGGAGUGUAAUGUUACCUUGCGAACACUAUCUUCAGGUCCUUCCAGCAACACAAAGCUCCAGCUUAUUCAUCCUGAGAAGAAGAGAAAACCAUCCUAUAGAAAUUCUGGUGAAAUUUGGUUAGACAAUUUUGAGACAAGGAAGAUAUAUUCUUUCAUGGACUACAUUAAGGGAGGUACUCAGCUUCAUUGCUCCAUUGCUAUUGAUUUCACAGCUUCUAAUGGCAAUCCACUUGCACCUGAGUCACUGCAUUUUAUUGGUCCACAUCCAAAUAUGUAUGAGCAAGCAAUACAAUCAGUUGGAACGAUAAUCCAGGAUUAUGACACUGACAAAUUGUUUCCUGUACUUGGAUUUGGAGCUCGUUUACCUCCUGAUGGCAGAGUAUCACAUGAGUUCUUUGUCAACAUGAACCCAACUAAUCCAUAUUGUGAUAGAAUUGCAGGAGUUCUUGCUGCAUACAGAGAUUGUAUAAGACAGAUCCAGUUAUCUGGUCCAACUAAUUUUGCUCCAGUUAUAAAUCAUGUUGCCAGGUUUGCAAAUGCCUACAGAGAUGGCUCCAGCUAUUUUAUUCUCCUGAUUCUUACUGAUGGUGUCAUUACUGACAUGCCACAGACCACUCAGGCCAUUGUGGAUGCAUCCUGUCUUCCAUUGUCUAUAAUAAUAGUUGGCAUUGGAAAUGCUGACUUUAGUGCCAUGGAGACCCUGGAUGCUGAUACUGUUGCACUGUCUGCUGGUGGCCGACGGGCUGUUCGUGACAUAGUACAGUUUGUUCCAUUCAACAAGUUUGUGCAUAUGGGUGAUCCCCAAACUGCUAGGCUCAGGUUAGCAAGAGAAGUGCUUGCAGAAAUCCCGCAGCAGUUUAUUGGUUAUAUGAAGGCUAACAAUAUUGUUCCAAAACCACCUCAAGAAAAUGUAGUUAUGCUGCCACCUGAUCCAGCUCUUACAGCAAUAUCAUAAACAUUUGCAUUUCAUGUUUGUGUGUGUUUGUAUUUACAAAACUGGAAUGAUAAACUUAUUACACUUUUA